AUGCAGAGAGCAACAAGACCAACCAUGGCAACUGGUACUCUUAACCAAUACAUUCAGACUGUGGAAAGGAUGUUUAGACUAACAGAAGGCGAUGAGCUCGCUCGUCUUUUUUCCCUUAGAGAUCCACAUGUUACUAACAGAAAUCUCCGAUCCAGUGAUAUUGCCUCUCUAGUAGAAGGCAAUUGUGUAGCGCCUCUUGAUGAGCUUAUUGUAUGUCAUUUAUUAUGUGUCAAGGCAAUAUGUGAUAAAGAAUACUUAGAAGCAUACAGCCAUCAAAGUCAGUGUGUCGUAACAAUUGUGAAGAUACUCCAAAAUCAGAAGGAGCAGAACUGGUGUCUUCCUCUUAUGUAUACUGUGUGUUUGGAUCUAAGGCUGGUCGCACAAAAAGCUGAGACGAUUCAAACCAAUGGGAAAAUUUUGGAAAAAGCUGCCGAAAGCUUGCUAUCCUGCUUCAGAGUGUGUGCCGCCGACAACCGAACCUCGGAUGAAGACACUAAACGACUUGGAAUGUUGUAUCUUGUAAAUCAACUUCUCAAAGUUUAUUUCCGCAUCAAUAAACUUCAUUUAUGUAAACCGCUCAUAAGAGCUAUAGACUCUUCACCUCUCUGGUACCAGUUUCCUUUGGCGCAGCAAAUAACAUACAGAUAUUUUGUGGGACGGAAGGCCAUGUUUGAUUCUGAUUAUAGAAUGGCCGAUGAAUAUUUAUCCUUUGCUUUCCAAAAAUGCCAUAGAAAGAGUCGUAAGAAUAAAAGACUGAUAUUAACUUACCUAAUACCUGUUAAAAUGUUACUGGGCUAUAUGCCAACUAGAAAUCUAUUACAAAAGUAUGAUCUCUUACAAUUCUGGGACUUAACAUCGGUCGUUAAAAAUGGUGACUUAAGGGGCAUCGAUAGAAUAAUGGAAAUGCAUGAAACGUUUUUCAUAAGUGCUGGCAUUUAUUUGAUUGUGGAGAAAUUAAAGCUAAUAGCGUACAGAAAUCUGUUUAGAAAAGUAUAUUUGGCUGAAAAUACUCAUCAGAUCGAAAUAGCAAGCUUCCAAGCAGCAUUGCAGAUAAUGGGACAAGACGAUGUUGACUCAGAUGAAACAUUAUGCAUUGUUGCCAAUUUGAUUUAUCUCGGUAAAAUAAAAGGGUAUAUGUCAUAUCAACACAAAAAAGUUGUUGUGAGUAAACAAAAUGCCUUUCCGCCACUUUCAACUUUGUAAUUCUUUUUAUAAAUAAAUGUGAAUUUUAAUUCA